CGAGAUGGCAAACUGUUAURGGUCAAAGCGAGAAUGGACGCUGAAUUUUCAAGGAAUUUUGCCGGAGUUCUUCGCCGUUGAUUUAUCAACUAUUGACAAACCAAAAAAGGGUUAUUUUGACAUUCUAAAUAACCAGUUUUGUCAAUAAUAGAUAAGUUUAUUGAUAUGGAAAAGCUCAAUGUUUUCUGACCACUACUCAAAACUGUCACUCAAGGCGCAAAUCUUCGUUGUUUUUCACGUGGAAACAACAGUUUGGUUUCCUUGGGGAAAGAUAGCUAAAACAUGCCAGGUAUCGUCGUCUUUAGACGAAGAUGGAUGGUGGCUAGUGAUGAUUUCGUUAUUCCUUUUGCCAUAGCAUUUGUUAUCAGGGGAAUAUGGUUUUUAGUGCUAGCUAUAUCUCUYACAGUCCAUCAUACUAUGGGGCAUAUCCACUAUACCACGCCCGAAGAACGUCAUUCUUGUCAACAGACUAUAGACUACUACGUCGGGGGGUACCUAGCAUUGCUCUUUGCUACUAAUAUCAUGGAACUCUCUGUCGCAUGGAUGAGUGGCAAAGGGUCAAUUAUGGACACUGAACCAAGAAAUCUUAUCCCGGCACUGCUAUAUGUCCGUCUCAUGCUGUCAAUYAUAGAAGUCGUAUGGCUAUCUAUAGGGGUCAAAUGGGUGUGGAUAGAUACGGGAACCAUGCUAUGUGACMAGUCAGAAGAGAUAAAUAUUGCUAAAGCUGUAGUUGUGUUCAACUGGUUGUUUCUAUUUGUUGUGACUGUAAUUAUUUAUUGUACAUUUGAUACUGCUGGGCAAGCUUGGUUUGAGUUACAACAGGCCAGGACUACUGGRUAUCAUGUUGAUGCUGUUGAUGGGACAUCUCGGAAGUACAAGUUACACAUCACACAGAAGUAUGAACGGAGAUGGCAAGGGUGUUUCCGCUAUGCUUUCUGUUGCCGYGGUGAAGGGCAAGGGGAUGAAAAUGUGUAUGCAUUCAUAGGAAGGACACUAUCAGAAUAUUUCCAAGAUCUAGAUGUUGUCCCUUCAGACUUUGCAUCUGGUUUAGUUCUUCUAAGAAGACAUCAAAAAUAUCAAGAACAAUUAGAACUAGAAAGGGCAUUAGAMGAGAGACGAAUCCAGGAGAUGACCACAGAUGGUGUACCACUAAAGAAAUCUUCCCUACGGUACCAGCGUACAAAUAAUGCUCAACUAUUGAGGCUAGACUAUAAGGAAGAACUUUUAACUUAYAAAGAAAUUGCAUACUACAUGAACUAUGCCCUUGCAGCGUAUGGUUGGCCUAUUUAUAUGAAAAACAAUAUUGGUUGUGGAUGCUGUAAGCUAAUGAAAAGUUUUAGGUGUUGUUAUUGCUGUCGUUCCUUUGAUAAAAGAGUUCAUAAGUUUGUUCAUGUAGAGGAGGACAACUGCUGUAGAUGUCAUUUCUCUGCUCUCAAGACAAUUGCUGGUCUCCAUAAUUCAGAUGUUAUUUAUUGUAGCUAUCAUAAUGAUAUGUACAAGUCUCCUUUCUAUGUAGCCUUGGAUCACACUAAGAAAACUGUAGUUGUAGUUAUUAGAGGAACAUUAUCAUUACAGGAUAUACUGACGGACUUCUCUGUGGAACCUGAGAGAAUCCCUGUUGAGGAUGGUGAUUCAUCCUGGUAUGGACAUAAGGGAAUGGUGAGAUGUGCUGUGUACAUUCAGAGCAAGCUCAUAAAUGAAGGAAUACUUCAAAAGGCUUUUAAUUCAGACCCUGACUGUGGUACACCAAAUUAUCGUCUGAUAGUCCUGGGUCAUUCCCUGGGCGCAGGCACUGCUGCAAUACURGCAUUCCUUCUGCGACCACGGUACCCUGAUCUGUUCUGUUAUGCAUACUCCCCUCCUGGUGCUAACCUAAGCCUGUCUGCAGCUCAUUAUGCAAAGGACUUCGUCAUAUCUGUGGUCAUCGGGAAAGAUAUGAUUCCAAGACUGAGUCUGUUCACACUGGAAGAUUUGCGUAAUAAUAUCAUGACUUUGAUUACCAAGUCUGGGAUGUCAAAGUGGAAGAUUUUACGAGGGUGUGCCUGUCGAUGCGCCUUUGUCUGUUGCUAUGGYUGCAAGUGUGUCAAGUUUGAUAAUCAGAAAGAUGAGCUGGAUGGUGAGAUYGAAAACAUUGAAAUACCAGAAAUAACUCACUCCAGUUCCAUGCGUUUUUAUCCUCCUGGUAGGAUUCUACACGUCGUCAAAACAUGCUCUGUCAACUAUGGCUGUGGUCGUACGGAAACUAUGUACGAGCCUGUUUGGGCCGGCUUAGACGAAUUCCAGUCCAUYAAAAUAUCAGGUCUAAUGUGGAAAGAUCAUAUGCCAGACUUUGUACUAGAAGCYCUUAAUAAAUGUCUACCAUCAAAGGAACAAGAACAAGCGGUGCUUAAUGGCCCCGAUCGACCACGCCCUGUUACCCUWGAGGUACCCUCUACCCCRGACUGGUACAGCAGGGCUAUGACCAGCUCACAAUCUAUGCGUGAUUCGAUUUCGGAAGAGUUUGCUGUGGAGGUUCCUAGUGUAAGGAUUCGUGAACCAGCCGAGGUUGCCAGUAAGAAUCUCAGCAAUGCUGAAUCCAAGGAUUCGUUGAGUAUUGAAACACUCAAAGACCGAAAGGAAAUUUGUYCCCCGUACGCACGCAAUUCAGAGUCUCCUAAAGUACCACUUGCGCGUCCAGAAAGCACGUUCGACGAUUCGGACUGGGAGGAGAGUGCGGCUUCUUCUCGUAUUUCAGCAACCUGGAAGGACUUUAAUCUCCCCGUAGUUGAACAAAGUCUURAUUCUUUACACUUCUCACGUUCYCAGUCUAAAUGUGACAACCUYAUUUCUCCUCUUGCUGUGCAAUCGUUGUGUACAACACCGACAUUAUUYGACACGUCUCGACAAAUUGAUAAAACAUUCUCGAUACCUACUCUACCGUCUUCGAAGUCUCUCGAUAUGACGAAAGGCCCGCCCAAACCACCACGGACAUUUGCGUCUGAAAAUUCAGGGCAAUGGGCAUUAAAUGGAACUUCAAAUUCAAGAAGCCCGACUCAUUCUUCGGCAGUGGUCGGGAAUUCGUCGGUAAUUAAUGGUGCUUUGUCUUCCUUUAGCRAAACGACGCGGAACACAUCUCCAGGAUUAGAUGGAUUUAAUUCAGGUAUUAAUGGUACUAGUCAGGCCAUUCGGACUCCAUCGCGGGGAUCCGUCGGCCCUCCGAAGCCACCACGAACAUUCGAAUACGUCAUGGUCGACUCAGCUUCGUAUUCUUACGAUUUAUAUUGCUUAUCUUCGCCGGAUGAGUGUUUAUCAUCGCCGAAUGAGAUCAUAAACAGUGGCAAAUCGAAUUCAAUUGUUUGUAAAAGUUUUGUGGAUAAUUCAAAUCCUAUUAGAGUGACAACGAACGCUUGCGUAUCGUACGCGUCAACGGUUACGUAUUUACAAGAUAAAUCGUGUUUAACRCUGUGUAAUGGAUUUUACGACCCUCAACCGGAGUCCAAUGGGAUAUUGCAGAGAUGCGGUAGUUACAAAUCAUCGAACUCGAGAUGUUUCUCGGAGGAAAAAAUAUCAUUCAAUAAGCUAAACAAAARGGCAGACAACUUCCAACAAAAGAGUUUCAGCCUUGGUAGAAAUGCGGACUUAAAACGAGGGUUUAACAGCGAAGACAUGUCGAUUCACGAAGAACAGCAAGUCGUCAUUCGAAGRUCACGUGGKAACAGAAAUAAGUCCAAGCGACAAGCAAUGUACUGGGAUGAGGACGAGACGUCCAGGCUCCUUCAGUUUUCACACUCCUGCUCGGAUAUUCCAGAUACCUCUGUAUUGCAAACAACCAAAGAGCUMGAUAACGGAGUACUGGAGACUUGGUUAUGACAAAGAAGCAUUACGUUUCGUGGGCUCCCUGUGGAUUUUUACUAAGCACAGGAAACCCAUUUGGAGAUAAAUACUUAUCACGUAUUAUAGCCAUUUUGAAAGGUCAUGCUUCUUUGUUAUUUCAAGUUAAGUUGUGUUUUGUAARUUUACGACAUUGUACCUAUAGAUUUUCAGAGAUUGGAGACGAUUCCCUUAAGGAUUUCCAAUGAUUUGAGGUCAUUAGACAAUGUGCAGAGACGCCAUUUUGGGCAGCAAAGCAUGAUGGAGUUGUAGUGCUUGCAUUGUUUAUGACCCAUUCAAAAUUUCACAGAGAGCUACUGCUAAGUUUUUGUUGUAGAAACUGCACAACCAUUCCCAUUUUUAUGAUGAAUUUGAAUCGUUUAGUCCCAUGCAUGUCACAAGCUAUUCUGCUGCAAAAGGCCAACGAACUCUUGUUUAUUGAUCCCGACGUCCACCUUCCUCACAUACAUGACUGUAAAUAGGCAUAUGACGUCACUUUCUUUUUUGACGUCAUUGUCUUUGCUAUGACGUYAUCAUUUUAUUUCACAAUUCAGUUGUCGUGUUUGGCGUCAUACACUACAUGACUAAAAUGCAAUGGAAUGUAUAUCUUAAUUUAUUGAAUAUUAGUUGAAAUGAUUGUAGGUAAAUUGUACAUACGACAUUACCUGAUAAUGUAUUGGAGUUUAAUUAUAUAUUGAAAAAAAUCGCGUCAUUGCGAGGUAUCGAGGGUAAGCACAUUUAUCCUCGUGUUCGAAUUUUGUCAAUUAUUGAAAGAGUGAAUUUGCUCUAAUCAAAUUUCCAAUGGAGAGUAUAUAAAUAUAUGUAUAGACGAUACCCUAUUAAAAUGAAACAAAAGAAUGA